AUGGCAAACUUCCGAGCUGACCCACCAGACCCGGAGCUGGUGUUCGUCGUUGGAGACUCCCACCUCCGGGCCAUUGUGGACGGCUUUGUGCCCAUGCCGGUAGGUUCUCUGUCCUUUGCUUUUCUGUCUGUUCCAGGUGCGUCGGCCACCGAGCUGAGGACAGAGGCGAUGCAUGCUGAUCUCCCAUGGACCCCGGAUGCCGUCUGCGUGGUUGCCCCGAGCAACAACCUCACAGCUAGCCGGACAGUUGGUGAGGCAGCAUUGGACUUCGGUGCUCUCCUGACCUCGAUCUGCAGCCGCUGGCCCAAGGUGGUAGUGCUGGACUUCCCUCCACGCCUGGACAUCGAGGCGGGCCUGCAGCUGGUGCUGCGUCAGGAGUACCACCGUGUCGCAGCACGCAUGGGACUCCCUUAUGUGUCUGUGGCAGACCACCUCCCUCUCCAUCGGUUGGAGCUGUGGUGCCCCAAUGGUUCAAGUGCACCUCAGCAACACAGAUGGGACCCCUGUCCUGGUGGAGCUGCUGUGGGACGCUGCCCUCCAGCAGCUAGCAUCAUGUCCACCCACGCCGACGGUGUCCCCCCGGACAUCGCCCCGUGCCACGGUGUCUCCCAGGCUAGUUGUGAUGGGACACGUCCCCAUGCCACGUCACAGCGACCCCUGGGAGUGGACUGUGGUUGGAAAGGAGGGCAAGGCUGAAACACCUGCUGUGCUUCAGUCUGUCAUCCCGCCCAACCUGUGUGGUUCAGCAGUGACAUGUUGGAUGCUAUGGAGAAGGUUUGUCCUUCUUCUGGCUCUGACUGCACUGCUGAUCCACCAGCUGGCCAGGCUUCCCCUGUGAAGCGUCGGCCACGAGGUGUUGCCACCAAGCACAAAGGACGAAAGCGGCAG